AAUGCUCAACACUAGCGUGUCUGUCUGACUUUUCAAGGUGUCAUUCAGAUUUUGCAUUUAUUUACAAAUUAUCUUUGUAGUUUUAAACGAUUCAAUGAUAUCUUGUAACGUGGCAAAAUAUUAAAAGUGGUGUAAAAUGGUUAAGGUAAUAUUUCUCCACCCAGAUUUGGGUAUCGGCGGCGCCGAGCGACUGGUAUUGGAUGCUGCACUGGCGUUCAAGAAAAAGGGCCACGAAGUAGCAUUUUACACGAACCAUCAUGAUCCUUCUCACUGCUUCGCGGAGACCAGGGAUGGUACUUUCCCCGUGUCGGUCGUGGGAGACUGGAUACCGCGCUCUAUAUUCGGUAGAUUCAAGGCAGCGUGUGCUUACGUACGCAUGGUCUACGCCGCUGUUUACAUGGCAUGGUACGUCAUACCGGCUGAGGAACCGACUCUUAUAUUCUGCGACUUGAUAUCCCUGUGCAUUCCCUUUUUGAAAAUGGCUAGAGGACCGUACCGUGUCGUGUUUUAUUGCCAUCAUCCAGAUAAGCUUUUAUCCUCAGAAGGGGGCUUAUUGAAAAAGCUAUACAGAGCUCCAUUGAAUUUUUUAGAAGAAUUAACAACAGCACAGGCAGAUAAAGUGCUUGUCAACAGUAAGUAUACUGCCAGGGUGUAUCAAGAUGCAUUCCAAAGAAUCAAGGACAUACCAGACAUCUGUUAUCCAUCUAUCAACACUGAGUUCUUCAGACAAACUACUCCAAAACCCUUGAAGGAGGUUGUUCCUGUAGGUACUGACAAGUUCAUAUUCCUGUCUAUAAACAGGUAUGAGAGAAAAAAGAAUCUACAGCUAGCAUUGAGAGCAUUUGAGCAUUUAAAACACAUUUUGAACGAGGCUGAUUGGAACAGGGUGCAUUUAAUAAUGGCGGGAGGAUUUGAUCCAAUAAACUUGGAAAACAUGGAGCACUACAUUGAGUUGACUGACUUAGUUGCUGAGCUAGACAUAGAGGAAAAGGUAACAUUUAUGAAAUCUCCCAAAGAUGAUGAGAAAGUGUCUCUUUUAUAUAACUGUAGAGCUUUGGUGUACACUCCAUCAAAUGAGCAUUUUGGCAUUGUUCCUCUUGAGGCUAUGUAUUUCAAGAAGCCAGUUAUAGCUGUGAACAGUGGAGGUCCCACAGAGACUAUUGUCAAUGAGGUAACAGGGUUCCUGUGUGAACCGAACAGUAGAGCAUUUGCUAAUGCCAUGAGCAAAUUGGUAAUCAACCCAGAGUUGGGAGAAAAACUGGGGGAGGCAGGCCUAAAGAGGUUUGAAACCAAGUUCUCAUUUGAUGCAUUUACAGACCAGUUAGAUGGAAUUUUAAAUAGGGAGAGGCAGAUUGUGUCUGAGGCGAGGGCUAUUGAGUACGAGAACCGUAAACGUAAAUAACACGGUGCCGGCACUCCAACAAUAUGUGAUAUUGUUUGAGUGUGCUAACCAAAGAAAAGUCCACAU